GUUUCCAUCCACAGAUUUGGAAGACAAAGUAGAGAAGAAUUAUGGGGUCCAGAAACACCUUGAGGCUUCCCGUCAUAGAUUUCUCAACGCAAGAGCUAGAAUGGGAUUUGGUGAAGGGCCAAGUCCGGGAAGCACUUGAAGAGUACGGUGCUUUCGAGGCUUUAUUUGACAAAGUUCCCAAUCUAGAGCUCUGGCAGGCCAUAUUUGGGACCUUUGAAGAGAUAUUCGACCUUCCUUUAGAGAUCAAACGACGAAAUGUUUACAGGAAGAGCAGCCUCGGAUAUAUAGGACAAUCCCCUGUUGUUCCCCUUUAUGAAAGCAUCGCCGUUGACCGAGCCAAUGUUCUGGAAAAGGUCGACCAAGGCUUCACCAAUAUAUUGUUUCCAGAAGGAAACCCAACUUUGAGCAAAAAUAUACAGUCUUUUACAGAGCAAGUGGCUAAAUUGGAUGAGAUAAUUAGGAGGAUGAUUUUGGAGAGUUUUGGUCUUGAGAAAUACAUGGAUGAGCAUUUGAAUUCCACAACUUACACUCUAAGGGGCUUUAAAUAUACGAGUCCAAAAACCACAGAGUCUAAGGUAGGUCUGAUUCCUCAUCAAGACAAGAACAUGAUAUCCAUAUUAUACCAAUUGAACGAGGUGGAUGGAUUGGAGAUACAGACAAAAGAUGGAGAGUGGAUCAGUGUCAAGGCCUCGCCUGAAUCUUUCAUUGUUGUGAUAGGGGAAUCACUCCAUGCAUGGUUAAAUGGUCGAUUGUCGGCCGUCUAUCAUCGUGUGAUGAUGACCGGAGACAAGGCGAGGUACUCUCUUGGGCUGUUUUCAGUCGCUAAAGAUGGCUACCUGGUAAAAGCUCCAGAAGAGAUGGUGGAUGAAGAACAUCCCUUACUUUAUAAGCCCUUUGACUUUGCUAAGUUUUUGGAGUACCUCGGCAACAACCGUAAGCAGGGUGGACAGAAAGUUGAGCUUACUCUCAAGGCUUACUGCGGUGCCUAAAAUAUAUGAAAGGCUACAAUAUUUUGCAACUUGCAUUGUCACGUUCUUGUCCUUCUUGUUGUCUAAGAUAAAAUGUAUUGAUCAUUUGUGACUUAUCUAAUGUUAUGAACUUGAAUUUCCAUUAUAUAGUUCCCUAGCUUCUUAUAUUGGCAAUAUUAGAAUUGAUUUAUAAAAAAUAAUUUCUUAU